AUGUUUGAACAAACCCAAAUCCAAGAGUUUAAAGAGGCUUUCACUUUAAUUGAUCAAAACAGAGAUGGAUUCAUUGAUAAAGAAGACUUAAAGGACACAUAUGCAUCUUUAGGAAAACUUAAUGUGAAAGACAAUGAGCUUGAGGAUAUGUUAAAAGAAGCAACUGGACCCAUCAACUUCACCAUGUUUCUAACUUUAUUUGGGGAAAAGCUGCAUGGUACUGAUGCUGAAGACACCAUCCUAAAUGCUUUUAAGCUUUUUGAUGAAGAUGCCAAAGGGUUCAUACAUAAAGAUGAGCUGCAGAACCUUUUGAUGACACAAGCGGACAAGUUUUCGCUGGAGGAGGUCACUCAAAUGUUCCAAUCGUCAAACAUUGACCCUGCUGGCAACAUGGACUACAAAUCUCUGUGCUACAUCAUCACACAUGGGGAGGAACAAGAAGAAUAG